AUGUCAUCCUGGUCGUUUUUCGCUUCCAUAGGCGCUUUCGCCGAUAAAGUGGGACUUUCAGCCAAAACGUGGUCUUUGUUCCAAAAAAUUGAAGAAUUUUUCAGUGAUGACAUGUACGAGCCUCAGCGAGUCGUUCGAGCUCCAAAAUUCAUCCGAUUUGGACGUGGAGGUGGAGCAAAGUUUAUACGGUUCGGAAGAAGUGGCACGAAUACGUGGGUAAGUAGGUGA